AUGCGUGCGAAAAAACUGAACCCUUUCUCCCACAAACCCAACCCUGCCAGCGAUGUGACCGAGGCUCAAGAGCUAGUGGAAGCUGCCGCUCAAGAGCUCGUGGAAGCUGCCAUCUCAUCACUCACCACGUGUCAGACUCUCCUUGGCUCAUCGUCCGUCCCCACGGGAGGCGCUUCUGGUGGCCAUGCACCCGGCGCCACCGCUGAAGGUCACAUGGACAACCCAACAGCACCAGGGCGGCCAUACAUGAUGCUGCCAACGCUGGCAGCUUCGCAGCAACAGGCUGGAGCUGCAGGUGCAGGAUCAUCACCAGCAGCAGCAGCAGCAGCAACAGCAGCAGCUGCAACAGCGGCGGCGGCGGCGGCGGCGGCGGCGGCAGCAGCAACACAGCGGCAAACACAAGCCCAGGGACCUCAGGAGGAGCAUCAACUCUACUGGACCCCCCACAACCACUUGACGUACGGGUAUGGUAAUCUGGCUGCUGCGUCCAGGCAUGGUGGUGAUGCUUCCUUGCCCAUGGGAACAGGUGAUCUGAGAAUCGCUAACUCCUUUGGAGGUUAUGCUGGUGCUUCAGCUCUUGCGAGUGCUGUGCCCAUGCGCUCAGUCCCAUAUAGAGCUUUAGCAGCAUCAGUGCCAUAUAGAGCUGUAGCAGCAUCAGUGCCAUAUAGUGCUGUAGCAGCCCCGGGGCCGUACAGUGCUGUAGCAGGGCUGACAGGGGGUCGGGUUGAAGGGGAAGGAGGAGGCAGGGCAGGGGAAAUGGAUGAUCUGGCUGCACGGGUGAGUCUGGAGACAGCGCUAGGGGACAACCUGAUAAGGCAAGCUCUUGCUUUCCUGCAAGAGGAUUCGGAUGGAGGAGAGAGGGUGGCAGGUGGGAUGCAUGGAGCGGGCGGGGCGGGGGGAGUGGGAGCAGGAGGGGCAGAGAGAGUGGGAGCGGGAGGGGCAGAGGGAGUGGGAGCAGGAGGGGCAGAGAGAGUGGGAGCGGGAGGGGCGAACGAGGAGGCAGCGGCAGGGAACCAGGGGGACCCGAGUGUCAGUGGUGGCAGCGGCAGCGGAGUGAGCCUUGGAGCUGCAGCCGCAGCUGCAGCAGCACCAGCAGCAGCAGCGGCAGCGGCAGCGGCAGCGGCAGCGGCAGCGGCAGCGGCAGCAGCAGGAGCAGCAGCAGGCAGUCCGUUUCCAGAAGGCCAUCAAGCCCACCAACGAAACAGCCAUGCUGUUGCUGCAAACCCAGGCAGGGCUGCUGCACCUGGGAGCAUAAGCAGCCUUGCGGCCUUUCCCAGAUUCAACAUCAACAACAGGACACCCCCUGCUGCAAUCGGUACCAUAGCUGUUAGCACUGGUGGUGGUGGUGGUGGUGUUGCCGUUGCCCCUGCCUUGGCAGCUGCUGGUUUCUCAAGAGGUGGACUGAUAGCGCAUGGAGGGGAACCAGACAGGAAGCGAGCAGCAGAGGAGGAAUUGGAUGGGCAGACUCUCAUCCCCCACAAGAGGCAGCGCGCACCCGCGAAACCAUCCGCCUCCGAAAUCCCUCCGGACGGGUGGGAGUGGCGGAAGUACGGGCAGAAAGCUACACUCGGGCAGCUGUACCCGCGAAGCUAUUUCCGGUGUGCGUUCCGGGGCGGUGGGCCGCCGUGCAUGGCCAAGAAAUGGGCCGAGAGGUGCAACGAAAACCCGUCGAACUGGAGAAUUAAGUACAUGUCAGAGCAUAACCAUGCCAAGCCGCCGCCUCGGCCGGUUACCAUAACCAUUGUGGCUGAUGGCAUGGGGGUGGACGCGGGUGGAGGGUCAAUAGGUGCUGUAGGGUCGCCGCUGCCAGCACUCAGUGGCACGUCCCCUCUUGCCCUGCCCCUGCCUGCUACUCCUGGCUCUGCUGGUGCUGGUGGUUCUGGUGGUGCUGCUGGUGCUGCCGCUGGUGGUGCUGCUGGUGCCACAGAUGUUAAUGCUAUGGCUGGUGAGAUGAGAGGUGAUCGAAGGGUUGAUGAAGGGGGAGAGGGAGAAAGGGGGGAAGAAAGGCAAGUGGGGCACGUGGGGCAUCAGGAGCAAGAGGGCCACGUGGGGCAAGUGGGGCAGGUGAGGCACGUGGGGCAAGUGGGGCAUGAGCAUAUGCAUGGGCAGCCAGGCCAGCAGACGACAGGCGAAGAGUCGAAGCAAGAAGACCGCCAAAGAGCGACGCAGGAAGAACCAGAGACGGGAGGCAGGAAUGCAGGUGGUGCACAGAGGCAGCAUGAGAUUAUCCGAACUGCAAUGGCAGCAGCAGCAGCAGCAGCUUUUGAGGCGCCUCAAGAGUCGAUGCAGGUAGAACCAGAGACGGGAGGCAGGAAUGCAGGUGGUGCACAGAGGCAUGAGAUUAUCCGAGCUUUUGAGGCGCCUCAAACGACGGGAGGCAGGAAUGCAGGCUCUUGGAUCGACGUGGGCGCCGUACCUAUGUGGGCCACGCCCGGGGGUAAUAAUGACUCGUCGAGCCCCGCGAUUGGCGGGGCUGGCGUGGACCAAUGGCAGCUAGUUGCUCAGGAGAUUGAGGUGCCUUCCCCUGGAAUGCUGGCUGAGAUGAAUGCUGAGAGGGGGAUGAUGGAGGAUAUGAGGGGGGAGAAUGGGGACGAGGGAGAGGGAUGA